AGAUGGCGGCUCCCAUAAUAGAAACAUGUCAUGUCGCAUGUUGUGCAAAUCGAACCCCAAAUGUUCUUUCAUGGGGUCGUGGGGGGCUCAUUGCAUAUGGAACAUGCAAUUCUGUCGCUCUCUAUGACCCACAGGAGACGUGUGUUGUUGCUGUUCUCAAUGGACAUACCGGGAGGGUGAACACAGUCCAGUGGGUCCACAGAGAGGACUGUGGUAGAGAAACUCACCUGGUGUCAGGAGGGUCUGACAGUCUACUGAUUGUGUGGGAGGCCCAAGAUGGAAAGUUUAAACAGUAUGUUGAGUGUGUUGGGCAUACUGGACCAGUGUGUGCUGUGGAUGCCAUCCACAUGGACAACAAUAAGCUACUCAUCGCCUCCACAGCCUCCGACUCCACUGUCAAACUAUGGCUCUACACUGGGAGUAAAGCGGAGUGCACCCAUACCAUAUCCUUUGGGAGCGGGUUUAUGAUGGAUGUCUCGCUAGCGUGGUUGCCAGGCAGCAGAGUUCCCAUACUUGCCUGCGGGGGCGACGAUUGCAGAAUCCAUUUGUAUGCACAGUGCAAUGGACAGUUCAGGAAAGUCCUCUCCUUGCAAGGGCAUGAGGAUUGGAUUCGUGGUGUGGAGUGGGCCUGUGUAGACGGGGAUCUAUUACUGGCCAGCUGUGCUCAGGACUGUCUGAUCCGGGUUUGGAGGCUGGUUGCCAAGUCUAGGACGAAGAGAAACGCGCAGGAAGAACGCACCAUUAGGAUGUCUGAAGAUGUCUUUACACUGACACAGAACGAUGCCUCCUCAGCAUUUGCAGUGACGCUAGAGUCAGUCCUUGCCGGCCACGAGAACAAGGUCUAUGGAGUCCACUGGCAGCCCCCUGUCAUCAAAGGUGGCAACCAGCACCAGUCUCUGAGCCUGCUCUCUGCUUCCAUGGACAAGACCAUGAUCCUGUGGGCUCAGGAGGAAGGCUCAGGGGUGUGGGUGGAGCAGGUGCGUGUAGGGGAGGUGGGGGGAAACACACUGGGUUUCUACGGUUGUCAGAUGAGUCCAGACGGAUCCAUGAUCCUGGCCCAUGCCUUCCACGGAGCGCUGCAUCUCUGGACCCAGAGCCACGGCAAAGAGGGAGAGUGGAGACCAGGAGUGGUGAUAUCUGGUCACUUCAACGCAGUUCAGGACCUGAGCUGGGACCCUGAGGGGGAAUUCAUCCUCAGUGUGGGGUCAGACCAGACCACCAGGCUACUAACACCCUGGAAGAGGAUGGACCAAACACAGCCUACCUGGCACGAGAUCUCUCGCCCCCAGAUCCACGGCUAUGACAUGCAGUGUCUGGCCAUGGUGGGCCGCUUCCAGUACGUCUCCGGGGCCGACGAGAAGGUCCUCCGGGUGUUCCGCGCCCCCCGCAACUUUGUGGAGAACUUUGCAAAUAUCUCUGGCACGCCUCUGGUGAAACUGCUGGCCUCCAGUGACACUGUAGAUCAACCAGAAGGGGCCAGUACCCCUGCCCUAGGUCUCUCCAACAAGGCUGUGUUUCAAGGUGAUCUUACUCCCAAGACCAAUGAAGAGGAGGGAACCGGGUUCAACAGUGUUUCUGACCGAUACCAAGAGUCCUACUUCCACCCGCUCACCCUUAAUGAGCCACCGCCAGAGGACCACCUCCUUCAAAACACACUAUGGCCUGAGGUCCAAAAACUGUUAGUGUCCCAUGAUCAUUCAACAGUCCUUUCAUGCCAUCUUCACACAUACACGCACGAACACACUUUCGGUCUCAAUGGCUAUAUUUACACAGGCAUCCCAAUUCUGAUCUUUUUCCACGCCUCUAAGGCUGAGCAUGCGGCCGUGCUGCUCUGGAGCUCCACUUCCUGGCGCCAGCUACAGGCGCUGCCCUGCCACAGCCUCACUGUCACCCAGAUGGCCUUCUCUCCCAAUGGACUGUUCCUAUUGGCCGUGUCCCGGGACAGGACCUGGUCGCUAUGGAAACGGGACGACCCCGCCGCUACGACUACAAACACAGAGCCCCAUUUCUCCCUGUACACAUGUACCAGGAAGGACACGGCCGUACACACGCGCAUCAUAUGGUCAUGUGACUGGAGCGCCGACAACAAGUACUUUGUGACGUCAAGUCGAGACAAGAAGGUGAUAGUGUGGGGUGACUGCAGUAGUUCUGAGGCCAUUGUGACCCCUGAUGACAGUCAAUGUUCCUCCAUAUUAGAUGUAGGAGAUGCCACUGCUGUCUCCUUCUGCCCCAUCCUGUGCCCCGGCAACAGCUAUCUGCUGUCGGUGGGGCUGGAGAGUGGCCAGGUCCUGCUGUAUAAGUGGGAACUCAGUGAGGAGCCUGCUGGAGCAUCAGACUGGACCAGAUAUGGAGAAACAGACUUCUCUCAGAGUCACUCGCUGACGGUGAAGAGGCUGCGCUGGAGGCCGAGGGUGGGCCGAGCCGGCCAGGGGGGUGAGGAGGAAGGCGAGGGCAGCAUCACAGCAGCAGGCAGCUCCUGGGUACAGCUAGCCAGUGCAGGGGCAGACCACUCUGUCAAAAUCUUCAACAUCAACAGACUGGCUGUGUAGCUAGCGUUGGGCCGGAGACACUGACAUCAUCACAUCGUGGUGUCCUGACACUGCUGACUGAGACUACAGGGCUGUCUGGAGACCAGUGGAUCAGACCUUGGGCUGGCUGUUCACUGGGUCAUUCCAUUCACCCUGUGUGACAACCAGCCAGCUAGCUCAGACAAGAUAGUCACACGGCCAGGUCUGGUGAUCUGGGGUCCAGGCUGCUUUCAGGAUGCCCCGAGCCCAGGACUUCUCUCUCUCUCGAUGCAGCCCUGGUCUUUAUCUUCCGUAUUUAUGCUCUUAUUAAGGUCUGAGACGAGGGAUAUUAGGCUCACCGUUUCAACAUACUUUUAUGUUAAUGUAUUCAUUUGUUAGGGUUCAGUAACUGUCAAGUCAUGUUUGAAAGUCCCCUGGUUUCUUGAUUACCAUAUCUUCUUUCUUUGUGGUGUAUUGCGGUCUCUUCAUGUUCUGAUGGCUUGAAAUGUCCUUGGAAAAAAAGGACGCAGUACUGCUGAUACUUUUAAUGUAAAAUAAGAUACAUUUCUGAAUAAAGCUCUUUUUGUAUACAUA